AUGCCACACGCUGUCGAGAUGCCAUCGUUCCUGUCCGACGACACAGGACACUCAAUCUCUACGAACAGCCCUUUUUACGAGCCUCCCCGUUAUUCCGGUCGAUCCUACGAGAAGGUCAAUGGGAACCCCAAAUCAUCCUCGCAUACUUCGAUGAAUGGCAGCGUGGGAGAGGCUUCGAACUCAUAUUUCGAUGGUGGGAGCAGCAGUCGGCCACAGAUGAAUGGGGACUUCCUGCCCGAGGACAGCUUAAGCUCCAUGGCAAACGGACGGAUGAGUGUGAGUAGUUGGGACCACAGGUCUUCUCGCAAUGGUAGUACAUUGUCAGUGAAUGGAGGCAUCAAUGGAGUUUCUGAAAAUGGGAGGAGAAGCCCGGCAUCUACACUACCAAAUGGCCUGCCGAGAAUGUCAAAUGGAGACAGAAACUCUAUCGCAUCAGCAAACGGAAAUGCUCCAAGCACACCAAUCGAGGCUGCAACCAAGCCGAGCACAAACGGAGAUGUCGAAUCUUUCAAGAGAAGCUCUGUGCCACCGCCAAUACCUACAAACCCCCAAAGUACAGGUCCCCUCACCUAUGCCAACUCUUUAUUACCAGUAAACCCAUCAGCCCCCGCAACGCCGUCGAGGUCUGCUACAACGUCACCCCAUCGAUUUUCGUCUCCUCCAUCAUAUCCCGCUCCUUCUCCUUCACCAUCUAAUAGCUUAAACCCGCAUCCAGGAGCAAUUCAAUUGAAGCAUCGACAUACGCUUCAAGUACCAAAGAUUGCCCCAGGUCGACCUUCCCGCGAUAGCGAUGACGCGAUGUACAGCACUGGAAGGUUCUCACCUACGGCUCUAGCGACAGGCGUAAGACGAGGCUCUCUAAACCUCAAUCGAAGGAACACACAGUCGAUACACUCAAAUAUACCUCACGACGACGUAGCACCAGACGGAGAUGCAUUGCGGUGGGCGGAAGCAGUGCGGCAGAAGAGAGCGAGCAAGAGAAGGAAGAAAGACGAAGAGGACGAUGAUAGAGUGGUUGUAGGGACGAAGGUUGAUCAACACCAUGUAAACUGGGUGACUGCAUAUAACAUGUUGACCGGGAUUCGAUUUACUGUCUCGAGAACAAAUGCAAAGUUAGACAGGGCAUUGACGGAUGCGGAUUUUGAUGCCAAGCACAAGUUCUCGUUUGAUAUUACUGGGAAUGAGUUGACCCCUUCUGCCAAAUACGACUUUAAGUUCAAGGAUUAUGCCCCGUGGGUGUUUCGACAUCUACGAGCCAAAUUCAAGCUUGAUCCGGCCGAUUAUCUCAUGUCAUUGACGAGCAAGUACAUUCUCUCCGAACUUGGGUCACCGGGAAAGAGUGGAAGCUUCUUUUACUUCUCUCGAGAUUACAAGUACAUCAUCAAAACUAUCCACCACGCCGAGCACAAGUUCCUGCGAAAAAUCUUAAAGGAAUACUAUUCCCACGUUGAACAGAACCCCAAUACGCUCCUUUCACAAUUUUAUGGUCUUCACCGGGUCAAAAUACCAUAUGGGCGAAAGAUCCACUUCGUUGUCAUGAACAAUUUAUUCCCACCCCACCGAGAUAUCCACCAAACCUUUGAUCUGAAGGGCUCCACAAUUGGAAGGGAUUUCAAGGAGGAAGAUCUCGAAAAGAAUCCACGUGCUACCCUAAAAGACCUUAACUGGCUUCGACGAGACCUGCACCUUGAAUUUGGAUCAGAAAAGAAACGAAUAUUCUUCGAGCAGAUGGAAAGAGAUGUGCAUCUCCUGCAGAAGCUAAAAAUUAUGGAUUAUAGCAUGCUUGUUGGGAUACACGAUCUCCAAAAGGGCAACCAGGAGAAUCUGCGUGACAAGACUCUGCAAGUGUUUCAACCGGGAGGAGACAGUCCGUCGGAUGAUGUAGGACCCUCUGGCCCAGGCCCCUUGACGCGAACACCGAGCAAACUUGAGACUGCCAGAAAAGCAAGGGAAUUGAGGCAAAUGGUCAAGCAGGAGAAGCCGAUUCCAAUGGGGCAAAGCAGUUCUCGGAUGCCGGAUACCAUGGAAGAAAAUACCACUAAGCGUGACUUUAUAUUCUACAGUGAUGAUGGAGGGUUUAGGGCUACUCAUGAGGAUAAUACUCCAGGUGACGAGAUUUUCUUCUUGUCCAUUAUUGAUUGUCUCACUCACUAUGGGACGGUCAAGAAACUGGAGCACUUUUGGAAAGGACUCAGUCAUGACAAAAGGCUCAUCUCGCCUGUCCGACCUGAACCUUAUGGUGACCGUUUCAUCGAGUUUAUCGAAGGGAUUACCAAAAGUCCAGAAGAAGUCGCACGUGAAGCAUCUCAACUAUCGGUACCACACACCAAUUCCAAUCCAAUCUCUAACCGCAAUACAUCGUCACUCGACUCCACACGAAGAUCAGGAAACCAUCACAUGCAUAGAACAAGCCCGAAUAAUUCAACUAUCCAAAGAAACUCGAACGAUGCAUUGAAAGGGGAGAAGCAUGGUGAAGAUGAAGCAGAUAGACCAGACCCCAGGACAAUAGCAAUUGUCCGUAGCCCUAGUGCAGAGCGGACGAAUGGCAUGCAGGGACAAACACUACCAGUAGUUGAAGAGCUUGGGGAGGCGAGUAGUACAGGUGGUCGUAGUGCGCAUAGUCAAGACCGAGACUCGAAUGGUGACAUAAGGCCCAUGACACCGGCGAAGCUUACUGCAGAUGGCAGGCCCAUGACACCAGCGAAGGUUACUGCAGAUGGCAGGCCAGUGACACCAGCGAAAGACUAUAGUCCCAUUGGAAACGGGUAUGGGUUGAGGAAACAAGUGAGCAGGCAGAGUCUGGAUAAGGUCCUACCGCCACUUCCCACAACAGCAAGCCCGGCUCCGAUGAAUGAAAAAUAG